AUGCCUGUCAAAACAGAGCGCUUCCUGCUUCAUUCGACGGCGAACGGCCAUCUCCUCGCGCACACUGUCGAGCGCGUGUUUCGGUGGCAGCGCUUCCACCAUGACCGGAACAAAGUGCCCGCGUUCACUUCGUUCCUGAACGAGGACUUCGCCGCGUUCCGCGACGUGGAAACCCGCGCUACGAACCUCCUCAUCUUAUGGGAGGAGCGCGGCCUCGCUCUUGGUACCUCACCUCCCCUUGCUCUGUCUCCCGCCGCCGGUCACACGGCGUGA